AUGCCCCGCAGCCCCACGUCCAGCGAGGACGAGAUGGCCCCGAGCGUCUCCGACGACUCCCUGGGCUCCGAGUCGGACAGCUCCAAGGAGGAGACCGUCUACGACACCAUCCGGGCCGCGGCGGGGCAGCCGGGCGGCGCCAGGACGGAGGGGGGCCAGGGCCACGCGCUGGUCAUCCGCAUCGUCAUCCAGGACCUGCAGCAGACGAAGUGCCUGCGCUUCGACCCCGACGCCACGGUGUGGGCGGCGAAGCAGCGGAUCCUGUGCUCGCUGAACCAGAGCCUCAAGGACGUGCUCAACUACGGGCUGUUCCAGCCGGCCAGCAACGGGCGCGACGGCAAGUUCCUGGACGAGGAGCGGCUGCUGCGCGAGUACCCGCAGCCCGCGGGCCAGGGCGUGCCCUCCCUGGAGUUCCGCUACAAGAAGCGGGUGUACCGACAGCGCCCUCCGGACGAGAAGCAGCUGGCCAGGCUCCACAGCAAGACCAACCUGCGGAAGUGCAUGGACUACGUCCAGCACCGCUCGGUGGAGAAGAUCGUGAAGAUGCUGGACCGGGGCCUGGACCCCAAUUUCCACGACCUGGACACCGGCGAGACGCCCCUGACCUUGGCGGCCCAGCUGGACGACUCCGUGGAGGUCCUCAAAGCGCUGAGGAACGGCGGGGCGCACCUGGACUUCCGCGCCAAAGACGGGAUGACGGCCCUGCACAAGGCCGCCCGCGCCAGGAACCAGGUGGCCCUCAAGACCCUCCUGGAGCUGGGCGCGUCCCCGGACUACAAGGACAGCUGCGGCCUCACGCCGCUGUACCACACGGCCGUCGUGGGCGGCGACCCCUACUGCUGCGAGCUGCUGCUGCACGAGCGGGCGGCCGUGUGCUGCCGGGACGAGAACGGCUGGCACGAGAUCCACCAGGCCUGCAGGUACGGGCACGUGCAGCACCUGGAGCACCUGCUCUUCUACGGGGCGGACAUGGCGGCGCAGAACGCCUCGGGGAACACGGCCCUGCACAUCUGCGCCCUCUACAACCAGGACAGCUGUGCGCGGGUGCUGCUGUUCCGGGGCGGGGACAAGGAGCUGAAGAACUACAACAGCCAGACCCCCUUCCAGGUGGCCAUCAUCGCGGGCAACUUCGAGCUGGCGGAGUACAUCAGGAGCCACAAGGAGACGGACGUGGUGCCCUUCCGCGAGGCCCCGGCCUACACCAACCGCCGGCGCCGGCCCCCCAGCACGCUGGCCGCCCCCCGCGUCCUGCUGCGCUCCAACAGCGACAACAACCUCCACGCCAACGCGCCCGACUGGGCCGCCGGCCCCGCCGCGCCCCGCAGCCUCUCCCCGCAGCCGCUGCAGCCGGCGCCCCAGGCCGACGGGGGCCCCAGGACGGUGGGCAGCUACGUGCCCGGGCCCCGCAGCCGCUCCCCGUCGCUCAACAGGCUCGGCGGCGCCGGCGAGGAUGGCAGGAGGCCCCUGCAGCCCUGGCCCGUGGGGCCGGCCUUCCCGCCCGGAGCCAAGGACACGCCCUCCGCCUUCCAGUACCCGGGGCCCAAGCGGAAGCUGUACAGCGCCGUGCCCGGGAGGCUCUUCGUCGUCGUCAAGCCAUACCAACCCCAGGUCGAGGGCGAGAUCCCCCUCCACCGGGGGGACAGGGUCAAAGUCCUGAGCAUCGGCGAAGGCGGCUUCUGGGAAGGCAGCGCCCGCGGCCACAUCGGGUGGUUCCCGGCCGAGUGCGUGGAGGAGGUGCAGGGCAGGCCCCGGGACAGCCAGGCAGACACGCGUGCGGACCGCAGCAAGAAGCUCUUCCGGCACUACACGGUGGGCUCCUACGACAGCUUCGACGCCGGCAGCGACUGCACCGUCGAGGAGAAGGCGGUGGUCCUGCAGAAGAAGGACAAUGAGGGCUUCGGCUUCGUCCUGCGCGGGGCGAAAGCGGACACGCCCAUUGAGGAGUUCACGCCGACGCCGGCGUUCCCGGCCCUGCAGUACCUGGAGUCCGUGGACGAAGGCGGGGUGGCCUGGCAAGCCGGACUGAGGACGGGGGACUUCCUGAUCGAGGUGAACAGCGAGAACGUGGUGAAGGUCGGGCACCGGCAGGUGGUGAACAUGAUCCGCCAGGGAGGGAACCACCUGGUCCUCAAGGUGGUCACGGUCACCAGGAGCCUGGACCCCGACGACACCACCAGGAAGAAAGCACCCCCGCCUCCCAAGCGUGCUCCGACCACGGCCCUCACGCUGCGCUCCAAGUCCAUGACCUCGGAGCUGGAGGAGCUCGUGGAUAAAGCCUCGGUCCGGAAGAAGAAGGAUAAGCCCGAGGAGAUCGUGCCCGCCACCAAGCCCUCCCGCGCCGCGGACAGCGUGGCCGUGGAGUCCCGCGUGGCCACCAUCAAGCAGCGGCCCUCCAGCCGGUGCUUCCCGUCCGUCUCCGACGUGAACUCCGUGUAUGAGCGCCAGGGCAUCGCCGUGAUGACGCCCACCGUGCCCGGGAGCCCGAAGGGCCCGUUCCUGGGCCUCCCUCGAGGUACGAUGCGAAGGCAGAAGUCAAUAGACAGCAGACUGUUUCUGUCAGGAAUAACGGAGGAGGAGCGGCAGUUCCUGGCUCCUCCGAUGCUGAAGUUCACCAGGAGCCUGUCCAUGCCGGACACGUCCGAGGACAUCCCCCCGCCCCCGCAGUCCGUGCCCCCGUCCCCACCGCCCCCCUCCCCCACCACCUACAACUGCCCCAAGUCCCCGACGCCCAGGGUCUACGGCACCAUCAAGCCCGCCUUCAACCAGAACCCCGCGGCCAAGGUGCCGCCGGCCACGCGCUCGGACACGGUGGCCGCCGUGAUGCGGGAGAAGGGGCUGUUCUACCGCCGGGAGCUGGACCGCUACUCGCUGGACUCUGACGACCUCUACGGCCGCACCCCCGCCGCCCAGGCCGGCGCCCGCGGCCGGCGGGGACAGAUGCCCGAGAACCCGUACUCGGAGGUGGGCAGGAUCGCCAGCAAGGCGGUGUACGUGCCGGCCAAGCCCGCGCGGCGCAAGGGCACGCUGGUGAAGCAGUCCAACGUGGAGGACAGCCCCGAGAAGACCUGCUCCAUCCCCAUCCCCACCAUCAUCGUCAAGGAGCCCUCCACCAGCAGCAGCGGCAAGAGCAGCCAGGGCAGCAGCGUGGAGACCGACCCCCAGGCCCCCGAGCCGCCCGGCCAGCUGCGGCCGGACGACGGCCUGGCCGUCAGCAGCCCCUUCGCGGCCGCCAUCGCCGGGGCCGUGCGGGACCGGGAGAAGCGGCUGGAAGCCAGGAGGAACUCGCCCGCCUUCCUGUCCACGGACCUGGGGGACGAGGACGUGGGUCUGGGGCCGCCCGCCCCCCGGGUGCAGCCCCCCGCGUUCCCCGAGGAGGGCGGUUUUGGCGAGGAGGAGGGCGCCGAGCAGCUGGUGUUGCCCGCCACGCCAGGGGCGGCGCCCAGGGAGCCCGAGAGCCAUUUGGUGGGUGGUGGCGAGGCCAGAGCUCAGGGUGAGGCCGGGAGGCCGCCGAACACGUCCAAAGCCAAGGGUCCCGAGGGCGGCCCCGUGGGGCCCCCCAAGGGCGGCGGUGCCGUGAGCCCCGAGAACUACGUGCACCCACUCACGGGGAGGCUGCUGGACCCCAGCUCCCCGCUGGCCCUGGCGCUUUCCGCGAGGGACCGAGCCAUGAAGGAGGCCCAGCAGGGCCCCAAGGGGGAGGCCCCCAAGGCCGACCUCAACAAACCUCUCUACAUCGAUACCAAAAUGCGGCCCAGCGUGGAGGCGGGCCUCCCCACGGCCACCAGGCCGGGCGCGCGCGGGCCCCUGCGGCGACAGGAGACGGAGAACAAGUACGAGAGCGGCCUGGGCAGGGACCGCAAGGGCGAGGACCGGAAGAACAUGCUCAUCAGCAUCGUGGACACGUCCCAGCAGAAGCCGGCCGGCCUGCUCAUGGUCCACACGGUGGACGCCGCCGCGCCGGGCAGCUGCCUGGAGGAGGGCGAGGAGAACGCCGACGCCGAAGCCACGCCGGGCCACCCGCUGCCCGCGGUGCCAGAAGGUGUUCCCGAAACCGAAGGUGCUUUACAGAUCGCCGCCGGCCCCGAGCCCGCGGCCACCACGCCCGGCAGGACCAUGGUGGCGGCGGGCUCCCUGGAGGAGGCGGUGAUCUUGCCAUUCCGCAUCCCUCCCCCGCCGCUGGCGUCCGUGGACCUGGACGAGGACUUUGCUUUCACAGAGCCAUUGCCGCCCCCCCUGGAGUUCGCCAAUAGUUUCGACAUCCCCGACGACCGCAUCGCCUCUGUCCCCGCCCUCACGGGCCUGGCCCAGCAGGACAGAAACGGCGCCUCCCCCGCCCCUGCGUUGAACCCCAGCCAACCCACCAGCUCUGCCGACGGCAAGACGCAGGCCGGCCUCCCCAACUGCCUGCCGGCCCCGCUCCUGCCGCCCCCCGAGAGCUUCGACACCGUCACGGACUCGGGCAUCGAGGAGGCCGACAGCCGCAGCGGCAGCGACCACCCCCUCGAGACCACCAGCACCGUCUCCACCGUGUCCAGCAUCUCCACGCUGUCCUCCGAGGGCGGCGAGGGCGUGGACACCUGCACGGUCUACGCGGACGGGCAGGCGUUUGUGCUGGACAAGCCCCCCGUCCCUCCCAAGCCCAAAGUGAAGCCCGUCGCCCACAAAAGCAACACGCUCUACCAGGACGCGCUGGCGGAAGAGGACGCGGACGGCUUCAUCCCCCCGCCCGCGCCCCCGCCCCCGCCCGGCGGGGUCCAGCCCGGGGCCGUGAAGGGGAUCCAGCCGAGGACCUCCAAGUUGUGGGGUGACGUCUCUGAGGUCAGAAGCCCCAUCCUCUCCGGCCCGAAGGCAAACGUGAUCAGCGAGUUGAACUCGAUCCUGCAGCAAAUGAACCGAGAGAAACUGGCCAAGCCGGGCGAAGGCGUGGACGCGCCCGCGGGGACCAAGCCGGCCGGCCUCCCUCCCAGAAGCCCAGAGGUCAUGAGCACCGUCUCAGGGACACGGAGCACGACGGUCACCUUCACUGUCCGCCCCGGGACCUCGCAGCCCAUCACCCUGCAGAGCCGGCCCCCCGACUACGACAGCAGGACCUCAGGAACCAGACGUGCCCCGAGCCCCGUGGUCUCGCCCACGGAGAUGAGCAGAGACAUCCUGCCCGCUCCGCUCCCCGCCGCGGCCGCGUCCCCUUCCCCCACGCUCUCCGAGGUCUUCAGCCUCCCGAGCCAGCCCCCGGCCGGGGACCUGUUCGGCCUGAGCCCCACGGGGCGCAGCCGGUCGCCGUCCCCCUCGGUCCUGCAGCCGCCCCUCUCGGGUAAGCCUUUCACCACGAAGCCCGUGCACCUGUGGACCAAGCCCGACGUGGCCGACUGGCUGGAGAGCCUGAACCUGGGCGAGCACAAGGAGACCUUCCUGGACAACGAGAUCGACGGCAGCCACCUGCCCAACCUGCAGAAGGAGGACCUCAUCGACCUGGGGGUGACACGGGUCGGGCACCGCAUGAACAUAGAGAGGGCCUUGAAGCAGCUGCUGGACAGAUAA